GGAUCUUUGACCAGGCGGCCUCAGCCUGUUCUGUUCAUCCCGAACCCAUCGCCUCCUUAACAGCCAUUUUCAGCCGAAUCAAGUUGUAGUCAGUCAUUUUCAACGUGAUUACCUAUUCUCCGCAACUUGACGACCGCUGCUGGUGAUGGCUUCGAUCUUGCGACAGAUUGUCGCGGGGCCGCGAGCUCGGCAUCCUGAGGCUGGCUUGGAUUUGUGCUAUGUUACGGAUCAUAUUAUCGCGACAUCCGGUCCUUCAGAAACAUAUCCCCAACUCGCGUACCGAAACCCGCUCGACCAACUCGUCAAAUUCCUCGAUUCGAAACACGGUGAAGAUUGGGCCAUAUGGGAGUUUCGCGCUGAAGGAACAGGCUAUCCUGAUGAAUCUGUAUAUGGUCGCGUGAGGCAUUACCCAUGGCCUGAUCAUCACCCUCCUCCAUUCAGACUUGUGCCCAUGAUCAUGGCGAGUAUGCGCAAUUGGUUACAUGGUGGAGAGCUCGGCGGUGGUGUAGUCACGGGCGAUGGAAGGCCUAUGUCCUCUGGUAAAGAUGCCGUUACUGAGGCGCAAAGGAAGGAAAAGCGCGAUAAGAGAGUGGUGGUGGUUCAUUGCAAAGCUGGGAAGGGACGAAGUGGUACGGUGAGCUGCAGUUAUCUUAUCGCAGAGGAGGGUUGGAAGCCUGAAGAUGCCCUUGCGCGCUUCACGGAACGACGAAUGCGACCGCGAUUUGGUGCUGGGGUCUCGAUCCCUUCACAGUUGCGCUGGAUCAGCUACGUUGAGCGCUGGACAAAAGGUGGCAAGAAAUACACCGAUCGACCCAUUGAAAUCCCUGAGAUCCACGUCUGGGGUUUGCGCAACGGCGUCAAGGUUGACAUCGAGGGUUUUGCAGAUGAGGGCAAGAAGAUCGAUGUCUUUCACACAUUCAAAAAGGAGGAGCGUGUGGUUGUUGAUCCCAAAGCACCUGAGGAGAGCGGUAUUAGCGAUAUGAUUUGGGAAAUGGCCGGGUACUCGGUCACCAAGCCGAAGGAGAAAGCGCCUGAUGAAGCGCACUUUUCUGAGGCGACGAACCCAGGUGAAACUCCAUCAUCGACGACUGAGGAGAAGGAGCAUAUUGGCAAGGCGAAGACUAUCAAACGAAAGGGCACAGAGAUGCUUCACAAAGUCUCGCCCGCAGGCUCUCAUAAGGGUGUUGAGAGAACCAAGAAUGACUCUGCUACAUCGUCAAAGACCGAUGUUACAGAAGCAAACUCGGAUGAAGAACCAGGCGGCAUGGCGGUUAUUCUAAGACCCAAGGCCCCAAUCCGCAUUCCCAACAGCGAUGUCAACAUCUCAGUCGAGCGUCGUAACAAGACCCCGAAGAGCAUGGGCCUGACCAUGGUAACCGCCGUCGCACACGUCUGGUUCAACACCUUCUUCGAGGGCCAAGGCCCCGAGCGAGACGGCAAGUCCCUCGACAGCGGCGUCUUCAGCAUCGAGUGGGACGCGAUGGACGGGAUCAAAGGAUCCAGCCGCAAAGGCUCACGAGCGUUUGAUCGAAUUGCCGUAGUAUGGCGCGUCGCCGGCACUGACGCUCUGCCUGAAGAAGUCCUCGAGCCAGAAGAGGGACAGCCCGUGCCGCAGGUUCGACCGGCAGAUUGGAAGGGUGCGAAUAUGGAAGAUCCGGACAAUGAGAAGGAUUUGGGACUUAGAGUUCAGAGUCCUGCGAGUGCGGAUGUUAGUAAAGCGAGUAGUAUCAAGAGUGCUGAGGAGGCGGUUGCGAAGAAGGAUGGAGGGGAGUUGGAGGGUGUUAAGUCGAGUGGACCGUCGGGGGAGGAUUUGUUGAUUGGGGGUCAUGAGGAGGUCAAGAGGGAGAAGAAGGCUUAGGUUGAUGAUAUCCGUGUAUAUGAUUGUAUGGACGAUUCGAUGUAAGACCAUGAGUGUGAAUAGAGUAUCAUGCUACCAUGGCAAUCUGAAUGGGUAUCUCGAAUGGAAAGUGUCCAUGUGCAUGACUGGACUCAGUAAUGUCUACCCCUUCCUCUGUAAUGCCUAUCACCUCGAUAUCCCCCAUACGGUCCUCCCCUCCUAUGAUCCCCCCUCUCUCUAUGCCCAUGAUAUCCUCCCCUACCCUCCCUCGGCGGCGGAGGCACCGGCUCUUCAACCUCAACUUCAUACUCUUCAAAAUCUUCCUUAAAGAAUCCUUCAGUAAUCUCCUUUUCUCUCAACGCAGCCUCAGGCUCAAACACAAAACGCAACGUCCCUUCUGGC